CCCAUUUCCGGAAGGUUGGGGUUGGGGCGACCGGUGUGUGUGUGCGCUCGCUCGGCCUGCGGCCUCCUCCGUUUGCUGUGACAUGAGCCGACUGCUAGGCCGCUGGCGUAAUGUAGCCGGGCUACGGCGCCUGUUGGCCCCGGCGAGCGGGGAGCAAGCCCGAGGCCUGUGCUCGGAGCGGCCCAGCGACAGUGGCGGAGCCGAGAACGAUCAGGGGGCCGUCUUGCGAGUCUACAACGCCCGGUCACGGAGCAAGCAGCCGCUGGUCCUGGCCGCGCCUGCCAUCGCCUCCUGGUAUAGCUGUGGGCCGACAGUCUAUGACCAUGCUCACAUUGGACACGCAAGCUCGUAUGUUAGAUUUGACAUAAUAAGAAGAAUAUUGACCAACGUCUUUGGCAUCGAUGUCAUCAUGGUGAUGGUCAUCACAGAUAUUGAUGAUAAAAUAAUAAAGAGAUCGAGGGAGUUGAAUAUCUCCCCGAAGGUACUUGCUUCUAUAUAUGAACAGGAUUUCAAACAAGAUAUGGAAAGCUUAAAGGUUCUUCCACCCACAGCAUGUAUGAGAGUGACUGAUAAUAUUCCUCAGAUUGUGAAAUUCAUAGAGAAAAUAAUUUGCAAUGGCCAUGCCUAUUCUACCUCAGCAGGAAAUGUGUAUUUUGACAUCCAGUCAAUUGGUGAUCGUUAUGGAAAGUUUGUCAAAAUUAAUGAUGACACCGUUGAGGAAACAAGUGAAAAUGAUAAAAGACACAGAAGGGACUUUGCUUUGUGGAAAUCAUCACAACUAUCGGAGCCAUUUUGGCCAUCGCCAUGGGGAAAUGGCAGGCCUGGCUGGCACAUUGAGUGUUCAACAAUUGCAAGCUCUGUGUUUGGAAAUAAACUGGACAUCCAUACUGGAGGAAUAGACCUGGCCUUUCCCCACCACGAAAACGAGGUUGCUCAAUGCGAGGCCUACCACCAGUGUGAGCAAUGGGGAAACUACUUUUUACACUCUGGACAUUUACAUUUAAAGGGAAGUGAACAAAAGAUGUCAAAAUCACUGAAAAACUACAUCACAAUUAAGGAUCUAUUGGAAAAAUUCUCCGCCGAUCAGUUCCGAAUGUUUUGUCUUCUGUCAAAAUACAGAUCAGCAAUGGAAUUCAGCGAUGCCAACAUGACACAAGCCGGAAUCAUUCUCCACUCCAUUUCUACUUUUAUUCACGAUGCCUCUGCUUAUAUGAGCGGACAGUUGAAAUGCCCAUCGGUUGAUGAAACGUUGUUAUGGGAAAGGUUAAAUGCAACCAAAGACGCUGUAAAGGCUGCCUUCGCUGAUGAUUUUGACACUCUAGGGGCCACUAAUUCAAUUGUAAAUCUUAUUCACCAUGGCAACAGACAGCUUCAAACAGUUACCAAGGAGGGAGAUUACCCGAGGUGCCCGGCUGUGUUUGGGGCAAUAAUUGCAUACAUUGAACGAUUCCUGGAUGCCGUUGGUAUUUCUCGUGAUCGUGGUCAGCUGCCAAUCGCAGACACGUCUUCAGCUGCUCUUUACAGUGUUGCUGAGCAACUAGUGGGUUUUCGCCAGGAGGUCAGGAACUACGCUCUGGCAGUGAACGAGCAGGAUUCGGGCUCUGGUGAAGAGGAACAGCAACAGAGGGAGCGCAGGAGACAGCUGAUGGUCGAGCGGCAGCCUCUCCUGCGAGCCUGUGACUCACUGCGGAAGGACCUUGAUGCUAUUGGAAUAAAUAUCAAGGACAGAGGAGCGACUUCAUCUUGGGAGCUGACGUCACGACUUGCGAACAAAAGUAAAGGCGAAACUCAACCACUCGCAGCUGACCUUAAGGAACCGUGAUCCGUGCUUUAACAAUUUACUGGUAUGUUAACACUAAAAGCAGCAUUCCAUCGACAAUACAUCGGAUAAGCUCAACGUUGUCGCACUGAAUCAGAGGAUUGAUCAAAUUCAAAACAAUUCCUAACCUGAGCCUGUUACUGGAUUCUGAUUUGCAGAACCUUGUGUGUAUUGAUAUUCUCUCAACCUGUUACACCGGAGCACUGCUGUCAAUGGAGGAAUCAUUUCCAAAUGGGGGGAGAAAUAUAAAAUUGUUAUCUAACUGGACUGCAGAAAGCUGUGGUGUGCGGCAGCGCUAUGCAUUGAUGUAUUAAUAAAAGGAAAUCAAUCUUUGGUAAA